AUGUUUAGCAUCAAUGAGCUCUCAGGGCUCGUGACGCGGGGCCAGAGGGCUCUGGACAGAGAGAGCAGCAGCUCCCACGUGCUAGAGGUAGAGGCCUACAACAGAGACCAAGGCAGGAUGAGGAGCUCCGUACGGUUGUCCAGUUAUACUUCAUUGACUCUCAGUCCCUCUGUCUUCCCCCUACAGGUGAUAGUGUAUGUGGAAGACGCCAACGACGAGCCACCAGUGUUCACCCAACAGCAGUACAACCGCCUGGGCCUAAGGGAGACCGCUGGCAUUGGCACCUCUGUCAUCGUAGUCCGAGCCACAGACCCCGACACCGGUGAUGGCGGGGCGGUGGCCUAUGCCCUCGUCUCCGGGUCCGACCAUAAGUUCGAUGUGGACAUGAGCACGGGCCUGGUGACCACUGUAGACUACCUAGACUACGAGACCAAGACCAGCUACCUGAUGAACGUGUCGGCUACUAACCAGGCACCGCCGUUCCACCGUGGCUUCUGCACGGUCUACGUGACCUUACUUAAUGAGCUGGACGAGGCAGUGGCGUUCUUCUCGGCGGGCUACGAGGUGUCACUCCUAGAGAACAUCGCCACGGGAACGGAGGUGGUGCAGGUACAGGCGCAGUCGGCGGACAACCUCAACCAGCUGUCGUAUCGCUUCGACCCGGACACAUCGCCAGCCGCCCUCACCCUUUUCAAGAUUGACAGUAUAACAGGUCGUAUCACAGUCACAGGGCUGCUGGACAGAGAGAAGGGGGAUAUCUACACCCUGACUGUGGUGGCUGACGAUGGGGGACCAAAAAAAGACUCCACUGUGUCUGGAGAACUGCCUUAA